UAAUAAAAGAGAGACCCCUGAGUAUCAAAAUCAAAACCCUCGUCCCUAUUUCACUUCACAUCCCCACGGAAUUACAAUUAAAAAGAGAAUUUUCCUCACAAGAUUUUCUCCAGGGAUAUGUUUACGGUGGCUCUGUAAUCAACGAGUUACAUGCAAGAGGUGGAAGUAACUGGGAAAUGUUACUGGAUGAUGCCGGAUUAUUAUCAUUUAAUCGAAGGAUCACUCAAUUGAACGAUAUAUUUCAAAAUUAAAAAAUGGCUCAGCAAUCAUCGCGGCUUAACCGCCUGCUCACUUUAUUGGACACGGGUUCGACCAAAGGAACAAGGUUUACUGCGGCCAGGCAGAUAGGGGAAAUUGCCAAAUCACAUCCUCAGGACCUGAAUUCUCUGUUGAGCAAGGUGUCCCAAUAUCUGCGCAGUAAAAAGUGGGAUACCAGGGUUGCUGCAGCUCAUGCCAUAGGAGCUAUUGCCGAGAAUGUUAAACAUACAUCUUUGACCGAGCUCUCUAAUACUUUUGAAAUAAGAUUGUCAGAAGCUGGGAUUUCUGGCACCUUCACCGACAUUAUGACACGGCCUGACGUCAAUCCUGAAAAUUCAGCAGGCACUUCUUUUAGAAGUUUUGAUCUAAACAAGGUGUUGGAUUUUGGUGCUUUGGUAUCAUCUGGUGGACAGGAAUACGAUAUUGCAAGUGAUAACGACAAGAAUUCAAGGGAUAGAUUGACUCGACAAAAGCAAAAUCUUCGGCGUCGAUUGGGGUUAGAUGUGUGCGAGCAGUUCAUGGAUGUCAGUGAUAUGAUAAGAGAUGAAGACCUUCUUGUGCACAAAAUUCAUUCCUCUGGCAAUGGAGUUUCCCUUCAGUAUUUUUCAUCCAGGCCUCUUCGUAAUAUCCAGCAACUUGUUACAAACAUGGUUCCUGCCUCCAGAUCUUGGAGGCCUAGUGCCAGGGAACUAAAUCUCUUGAAACGUAAAGCAAAAAAUAAUUCAAAGGAACAAAAGAAGGGGUGGUCAAAGGAUGGAGAUGCAGAGGUACCACAAUCACAAGAUAUGGUUCCUCCGAAGGGAAGCAUGUCUAUAGACUCCCCGAGCUCGCAUAAGCAACUUCCAGACGGUGUUUCUGAUGAAGACAGCUUUGAGAAUGAUGGAUAUGGGGGAUGGCCUUUUCAAUGUUUUGUUGAACAACUCCUUGUCGAUAUGUUUGACCCAGUUUGGGAGGUUCGUCAUGGCAGUAUCAUGGCCCUAAGAGAGAUAUUGACCUUUCAAGGAGCUAGUGCAGGAAUUUUGACUGAAAUGAGCUGCAAGGCGUCGUCAGUUCCACCUUUGAAAGUUGAAGAUGAUGAAAAUACAACAAAGAGAAAGAGGGAACUCAAUUUGAAUCAACAUGUUUUGGUGGAAGAGUUGGAGCCAGUUUUGAAGAGACCAAAGUUGGAAAAUGUUUCAUGUCCAGAGACUGAUAUAACAACCUCUGCCUCUAGUGAUGGAGAUUUGGGCAUUUGUACAAAAGUUGAAGGUGGAGGAAACAUGCCUCUUAUGCAACUAAAUGGGGAAACUAAUGUUAGUUCCAUUAAGAUGGAACCUGAACCUCGUAUGAAUAGUGCAUGCCAUUCUAAUGUUCAUCUGACAGAGGAAAGGAUUUGUACUGAAGACAAGGAUUCAAUGCAGAAGAAGAACAUACUUGAAAAUUGCGCUGAAAAUGCCGAGCUUAUGAACUUGGUUAAAAUGGCUAGGAAUUCCUGGCUGAGAAAUUCUGGAUUUCUGCAAGAUUGUGCAAUUCGUUUCUUGUGUGUCUUGUCCUUGGACCGUUUUGGAGACUAUGUCUCUGAUCAGGUUGUUGCACCAGUCAGGGAAACUUGUGCGCAAGCAUUGGGUGCUGUGCUCAAGUACAUGCACCCUACAUCAGUUCAAGAGACUUUGAAUAUUUUGUUGCUGAUGCAGCGUAGGCCAGAAUGGGAGAUCCGUCAUGGGAGUCUUUUGGGCAUUAAAUAUUUAAUUGCUGUGCGACAGGAGAUGCUCCAUGAAUUGCUUGACUAUGUUCUCCCCGCAUGUAAAACUGGGCUUGAAGAUCCUGAUGAUGAUGUAAGAGCAGUAGCUGCUGAGGCAUUAAUACCAACCGCAGCCUCAAUUGUUUCUCUGAAGGGUCCAGUCUUGCACUCUAUUGUUAUGCUACUUUGGGACAUUUUGCUUGACCUGGAUGAUCUUAGUCCAUCAACCAGCAGAUGUCUUACUUUAUUUGUUGGUGAAGCAGUUAUCUAUAUCCUUUUAGAAAUUAUCGUCAAGGUCUUGCAGUCAGAUCAUUUAUAUGCUACACAAUGUCCAAAGCUUAUCUACAAAAUAAAAAUGCCUGAUAAUAAGAUUUUAAUAAACAAUAUUCAGGUAGUUCGUUCUAUUGCUCCUUUACUGGAUGAGACGCUGAGGCCAAAACUUCUCACUCUUCUACCAUGCAUUUUCAGAUGUGUCCGCCAUUCUCAUAUUGCUGUGAGGUUAUCUGCGUCUAGAUGCAUCACAGCAAUCGCCAAAUCAAUGACUCUGGAUGUCAUGGGUGCGGUCAUUGAGAAUGCUGUUCCAAUGCUAGGAGAUAUGACAUCUGUACAUGGUAGACAAGGAGCUGGUAUGCUUGUUAGUUUGCUUGUGCAGGGAUUGGGAUUGGAACUUGUCCCUUAUGCUCCUUUGUUAGUUGUUCCUCUUCUGAAGUGCAUGGGUGAUUGUGAUCAUUCUGUCAGACAGAGUGUAACACAUAGUUUUGCUGCCCUUGUACCUCUUCUCCCGCUAGCUAGUAACCACUUUGAAAUUAAUGCUGAGUGGACAUUUUUUAUUGUCCCCAUCCAUGGUUAUUCGAAAAGGUUGUUGAGGCUUGCAGAGCUUUUAAAAUUAAAGAAGGUGGAAAACUAUAAACCAACAUUGAUUCAAGGUGCUGUGGCAUCUAAGUAUGAUAAAAUGCAGCUUGAUACAUUUUUUGGUUUCAGGUAUCAACAAGAAGGCAUAAAUUGGCUAGCAUUUUUAAAGCGAUUUAACCAUCAUGGCAUCUUAUGUGAUGAUAUGGGUCUAGGUAAAACCCUUCAAUCAUCAACAAUCGUGGCAUCUGAUGUAGCAAAGCGCAUUGCUGUUAAUGCUAAUGAUCUACCACCAUCAUUAAUAGUGUGCCCAUCAACGCUUGUUGGGCACUGGGUGAAUGAGAUAGAGAAGUUUAUUGAAUCUUAUCUUUUAGCAUCACUUCAAUACAUCGGUUCUGCUCAAGAGCGCUUGUCUCUUCAACCACAAUUUGACAAGCACAGUGUUAUUGUAACAUCAUAUGACGUAGUCCGUAAAGAUAUUGAUUAUCUCAGCCAACUUUUCUGGAACUACUGCAUUUUGGACGAGGGACAUAUAAUAAAGAACUCAAAGUCCAAAGUCACAGGUGCAGUGAAACAAUUGAAGGCUCAGCACCGUCUGAUACUGAGUGGGACACCAAUCCAGAAUAACGUGUUGGAUCUUUGGUCUCUUUUUGACUUUCUCAUGCCAGGAUUUCUUGGAACAGAAAGACAAUUUCAAGCCACUUAUGGAAAACCACUGCUAGCUGCCAGGGAUCCUAAAUGUUCAGCUAAGGAUGCUGAAGCUGGUGCACUUGCCAUGGAAGCUCUGCACAAGCAGGUUAUGCCUUUUCUCUUACGCCGAACAAAAGAUGAAGUAUUGUCUGAUUUACCAGAGAAGAUCAUUCAGGACAGAUAUUGUGACCUGAGUCCUGUACAGUUGAAAUUGUAUGAACAAUUUUCUGGUUCACAUGUUAGACACGAAAUCUCAAGUAUGGUGAAGGUAAAUGAAGAUAAAGGAGAGGGACCCAAAGCAUCUUCUCAUGUUUUCCAGGCCCUUCAAUACUUGUUAAAACUUUGUAGCCAUCCAUUGCUUGUCCUUGGUGAAACGAUCCCGGAGUCACUCUUAUCUCAUCUGUCAGAACUCUUUCCCGCCAAUUCCUGCACAGCUUCAGAACUCCAUAAACUGCACCAUUCGCCCAAACUUGUUGCCCUUCAGGAGAUACUAGAAGAAUGUGGAAUAGGUGUCGAGGCAUCAGGUUCUGAAGGCACCAUUAGUGUUGUGCAGCAUCGAGUUCUCAUAUUUGCACAACAUAAGGCCCUUUUGGACAUUAUUGAAAGAGAUUUGUUUCACACCCAUAUGAAAAGCGUCACUUAUUUGCGGUUGGAUGGAUCAGUUCAACCUGAGAAGCGCUUUGAAAUUGUGAAGGCCUUUAACUCAGACCCCACAAUUGAUGUUCUGCUGCUCACAACUCAUGUUGGUGGGCUUGGUUUGAACCUGACAUCAGCAGAUACCCUGGUUUUUAUGGAGCAUGACUGGAAUCCCAUGCGAGAUCACCAGGCAAUGGACCGAGCGCACAGGUUAGGUCAGCGGAAAGUCGUCAAUGUUCACCGUCUCAUCAUGAGAGGUACCUUGGAAGAAAAAGUGAUGAGCCUCCAAAAGUUCAAAGUGUCGAUUGCUAAUGCUGUCAUCAAUGCGGAUAAUGCAAGUAUGAAUACCAUGAAUACAGACCAGUUACUGGAUCUAUUUACAACUGCUGAAGGCAAAAAGGGAAGAAGAAAAUCAAUACAGUCAGACGAAAGCUUUGAAGGGGAUAAAAAAUUAACGGGCGGUGGCAAGGGACUUAAGGCCAUUCUUGGUGGACUAGAGGAGCUUUGGGAUCAAUCACAGUACACUGAAGAAUAUAAUCUAAACCAGUUUUUAGCAAAGCUAAAUGGCUGAAUAAAGCAUGGGAUAUUAGAAGCUCAAGAGAUUGUUGAUCAGAGUGCAAAAUAAUACAAUCAUGUGGAAGAUAUUAGCUCCAGCAAGCUGCCUCCAGUGUACAAAAGUGUAUAUUCAGCGUACCGCCUCUCCAAUUUUGGCGAUUAGUGUAGUUGUCAUUUCCCCUUUUCUCUUUACUAUCAUUUUCGUACAUGCAUUAUAUGGAGGAGGCGAUUCGUAGUUGGUUGAGAGCGAGCAUGACUGGGCCAGUGAAUCCACAUGUAGCUCCGGAAGAAGGUGAUAGGACAUGUAAAGUUUUGAAUAUUAUAUAUACAUUCAGAUAUUCCUGAUUUUUCACAGCUAUUCAUAUUGCUAGACUACAUUUCUUUUAAAUUUUUGACGAUCCUAUGGAAUGACGACCUGAUCUGAGUUGUUAUUUCA